ACUUCACAAAGAACUCUUCAAUUGCAUAUUUUGACUUUUUUCACAAAGCAUCCCAUCAGUUGGAGUAUUUCGAAAUACAAACACGAUGACUACUGAGGAUCAAAAUAUCACCCUCACGGCCCAGUGCCUCUGCAAAGCGCAUACCUUCACCACCAAAGUGCCCCGAUCAAAACUCCCUCUACCUGCGUCUAUAUGCCACUGCACCUCAUGCCGAAACGCUACCGGCGCCAUGUACAACAGCAACAUAGACUGGCCUGGUUCAGCAGAUGAGAUUCACAGCUCUGAUCUGAAAUCCUACAAAUUUACCUCCAAUUGCGAAAUUUUGUUCUGCGGCUCAUGUUCAUGUCCGAUGUUCUGGGAUGCUCACUACAAAGAUCAGCCCCAGAACUUUGGCGUUUUCACGGGAGUCUUGAAUAAUGUUGAUGUUGACAACCUCAUUAACUUUACGAGGCAAAUCUUCGUUGGUGAUACGGUCGAUGGAGGCGUUUCUCCGUGGCUUCAGAAUGUGCAUGGUGACAGGGACAAGCCUCGCAGGUGGAUGGAGAGACCUAAGGAUGGUGGAGAAUUGGACGAAGGUUGGCCAGCCGCCAAUCAAGAUGCUAGGUCUGAAGUUCCUCCAGUUACAGAUAUACCUAUUCGCUGCCAUUGCAAGGGAGUUGAUCUUGUCUUCCGUCCCGGCAACGUGGACUUCUCUACCAUGGAGGCUGAUGCGAUUCCGUCGUAUAUCGAGCCAAAGUCCCAUAAACACCUUGCGACACUCGAUCCAUGCCCCUCAUGUCGCUUGUCAGUUGGCGUUGACAUAAUGAAUUGGACAUUUGUCAUGCCUCAACAGAUUGACUUCCCCAAGAAGACCAUUGGAUCCAACUUUCCGCGAAAUACACAUGAUCUGAAGAGUGCAGUUGAUAAUCCCGACCGAGACCCUCGUUAUGGCACGCUCGCGAUCUAUCGAAGCUCGCCUGACGUUCAAAGAUAUUUCUGCUCGCGCUGCUCUGCGACGGUAUUCUACACCGUUGACGAUCGUCCAGAGGUUAUUGACGUCGCUGUUGCACUGUUACAUGCCCCGGAGGGCGCUCGUGCGGAGAGUAUUCUCACUUGGCAUCUUGGUGCAAAGAUGAUGGGAGAGUGGGAUUUUGAGAGGGGCUGGAGAAAGGACUUCGCCAUGUCGGUGAAGGACACGUCAGAAAAGUGGCGGAUCGAGAAAGGUUAUCCCAAAACAUGGAGGAGGAUUGCCUUUGAGGAUGCAGAGAAGAAGGAUUAAUACGUGACAGUUCCGCAUAACAAGAAGUCGAACCUCUGAUGCCUUGAUUUCGCCGCCGGACUCCUUGAGAAACACAACUAGAAUCAGUCACAGACAGAAUUUCUCAAAGCUAGUGAUGUUCCCGAAUUUACUUGACCUCUUG